UUAAGAUAUAAAGAUUGCUCAUCUUCGACAAAAUAGAAGAAUUAAAAUUAUGAUCACUUAGAAUGAUUCAAAUUAUUUCUAAUAUAGAAUGUAAAUUGGUGUCUAGGAAAAUAAAACAUAUGAUCACAUCCAGCUUUUCUUUGAAAGUCAAAUGUCCUUGCAUAUGGAUUAACGAAUUAACGUUAAUAACUAAAAUGAACCCAGUUACAUGAUAAACUAUGCAUGAUCCUGAAUUGUGACUGUAUUUUUGAGACCCAGAGAUUGAAUAUUUUAAAAUCACUAACAAUCUAUUUCUUCUCCAGUUAACUUCCUAAAUGGCUUCUAUAAACUUUGAAAGAGGAAAAUGUAUUAUCUGCCAAGAUGAUUUUAAAGACAGUAACAGCAAUGUUGUCAAGCCAACUGUGGGACAAGCAAGAGGUGUUGCAACCUUGCUUAGAAUAAGCAAAAUGAAAGAUGAAGUUUAUCAACGUAUGAAAGUAGCCAAACUUGAAAACGCACCUAUUCUAUAUCACAUGAACAAUGCUUGCUACAGAGUAUACACCCAAAAACGGCAUACUGAAGAAACCAUUGAAGGAAUGGUUGGAAACACACCUCAUUCCUCAACAGCACAACCCAAACAAAUGAAAUGUUCCCUUCCACAAAGGAAUGAAGAAACUGAAACUGAUACUGAAAAAACCAUUGAAGGAAUGGUUGAAAACACACCUCAUUCCUCAACAGAACAACCCAAACAAAUGAAAUGUUCCCUUCCACAAAGGAAUGAAGAAACUGAAACUGAUACUGAAAAAAACAUUGAAGGAAUGGUUGGAAACACACCUCAUUCCUCAACAGAACAACCCAAACAAAUGAAAUGUUCCCUUCCACAAAGGAAUGAAGAAACUGAAGAAACUGAAACUGAUACUGAAGAAACCAUUGAAGGAAUGGUUGGAAAUACACCUCAUUCGUCAACAGCACAACCCAAACAAAUGAAAUGUUCCCUACCACAAAGGCCCUCUGUUGAAGCUGUUGAUGUACCUAAAUAGCAGAAUGUUUGUAUAUAUUGUAAUCAGGUCACAAAAAACAAAACAUAUGAAAAAUCCGGAAUUUCUGAAGAGAGGAAAGCUACCGAGUUUCUUGUACAAACCCAACACUUACAGGAUGAAGUGUAUACCAGCACCUGUCACCUCACUGAUGUGAAAGGAGUGAUUGAAGCUGAUCUCUUAUACCAUAACUAUUGUUACAAACAAUACAGCCAUAAAUACCAGAAAAGUACUGAUUCAAAUUCUCUUCAUGAUAAAUCAAAUAUGUAUGAUGUAUUUAAUGAUGUCAUCAAUGAAAUUCAACAAGACUUGAAUACAGGAAAAGCCUUCUCUGUAUCAGAGAUUUGCAAAGAGAUCGGUGACCGCCUUCGACGUAGCCCUGUUCAAGGGCAACUUGUCACCAAAUAUUUGCGUAAGCGAUUUGGUGAAGAUGUCACAUUUAUAAAGCACAGCAAGAGGCAGUCUCAGGAUUUUCUUCUGGCAAGCAAGAUAGAUGCUGUAAAAUUGGUAAUUAAUCAUUUAUAAUUUAAAAGUACUUAUUCAGUGUGUCAAAUAAGUCCCGCCCCCCCCCCUCUACAGCCAAGACCUUAAUAGAUGGUACCUAGUGUGAUAUACCAUUGGAAAGAUCAUCCAAAGUUACGUUAACUCACCAACUCUCAAGUAUUUUGGAUGAAAUUUAUCUAUAUUUUGAUAGUAUCCUUUAUAGUUAGUGUACUCUCUUCCAAUGGCCCUUUUUGCGUCAAAAUGAGAAGGAUUUGACCUCAAAAAUAUUGGCAUUCCACCUGUUACCAAAGAGUUUUCACUAUCACUAUCACUAUCCUCACCCCUCUAUUUUCUACACACAUAAUCC